CGGGAACUGUGACUGUGGAGCUUUGAAAGCAAAAUUCAGAAGAAACGGAAGUGUUGUUGGAAUUAUUGACGUGUUUUUGUUAGAUUUAUUCCAGUCCAAAGAAGAUUUGACCCUGGCAGAAGCUAUUCACAUUGCAGUGAAAGCAGAAUCUAGACAAAUCCUAGGAGAAGAUGGACAACCUUACCACAGGAGAACAACUUUAAGAACAUUGCCAGUAAAUGCUGCAGAGAGUAAUUCUCUGAGUCACUGAGGCAGUUCAUAGAGCGCUGUCGUCUGUUGGAAAAAAAAAUCUAAGAUUGCUUCAGACAAUAAAUGCAAACUGGAAGUGAGAAGUGAGGGAGAGAAGGGGUGUGGAAGGCAAACUACCUGAUCAGUCAGGCUCAGGAGAACACCAGGCAACAGCUCAGCGUGUAGUCUGCAGAGUAAAAGCCACCUUCACAACACUUUGGAGAAGAUUGACAACUUUAUUAUCAACCUAAAAUGGAGGGGAUUUACAUCAGACACAUCGAGGUGCUAGGAUUUGAGAAAAGAUUUGUCCCAAACCAACAUUACGUCUACAUGCUGAUGGUGAAAUGGAGUGACUUGACAGAAAAGCUCAUCUACAGGAGAUUCUCUGAAAUCUAUGAUUUUCAUAAAAUGCUGAAGGAACUGUUUCCUAUUGAAGCUGGAGAAAUUGAUUCAAAAAACAGAACUCUCCCCCAUUUACCAGCUCCCAAAUGGUUGGAGGGUCACAAGGCCACAGAGAACAGGCAAAGUACCCUUUCUGAUUACAUCCAAUCCUUGGUCAACCAGCCACCAAAGAUCUCCCGCUGCCAGUGGAUUCUGAACUUCUUUCAGGUCCGCCCCGAUGAUGUGGUCUUACCAGUUCCACACCCGACAAAAAAGACAGAAACCUAUUUGUUGACAAAAGAUAAAACAAAGACAAACAUGUCCGCGAUCACAGGUCCAAUUUUACUCCAAACCUAUCGUUCAAUCGCAGACUAUAAAAAGAAUUCCAAGUAUGAAAUGUCUGUUCAGACAGGGGAUACUGUCGAGAUUGUGGAGAAAAGCGAAAAUGGUUGGUGGUUUUGCCAAAUGGAAGGUAAACGUGGCUGGCUGCCAGCUUCCUUUCUUGAACCCCUUGAAAGCCCAGAAGAGAGUGACGAGCAAGAUCCCAAUUAUGAAGGUGAGCCAUAUAAAGUCACUAACAGCUACACUGCUGUUCAGGAGGAUGAGAUGACUCUGUGUGAAGACGAGCUGGUUGAUGUAAUUCAUAAGUUGCUUGAUGGUUGGUGGGUGGUAAGGAAAGGUGAUAUUACAGGGUAUUAUCCCUCCAUGUAUCUCCAGAAAGCAGGCGCAGCUCCAAAAUCUGGAUUCGUCACAAACAAAAAGAGCGUCCCUCCACCACGAAGAAUGACCAUAAAGAAUGCACAGAGCUUCCAUAAGACAGAACGGAAGCAGAUCAGCCAGGACACAUACAGGCGAAAUAGUAAACGCUAUCUCCAGCAGAAGAACAAGAGUCAGCCAGUCAACAAUAAGAAUGUGUGGAAACAGAACAAUGACCCAAGAAACCCAGAGAAAUCACAGGACCCAGCUCCAGGUGCUAGCGACCCAGCCAAAGACAGGCAGCAGGGGAAGACAACUCCAGUGAUUCCCCCGAGACCUACACUCAGCGAGAUCUUGGAACACUGUACAGAGCAAACCAAAAGCAGAAUAAAAUGAAUGCAAUUGCUGAGGAGAGAAACAGAAAAUAUUGGCUGUAUGCAGAAGGUGUUACAAAGGAAUCCUGCCCAGUCUGCCUCUGUGUUUACAAUUCCUGUAGUAAACUAUAUAAAACUUACUUUACAAGUGCUCCAUUCUGAUAUUAAUACUCCACAUCCUUUAGUUCCUUCUAUAUCCAUAUUUUCCAUUCUCCCUUGUCUGUUUGUCUUAUGCAAUAAAGCAUAUAUAGGGAACAGCUCAAUGUUAUGGUGUGUGGGACGCAACUGUUUUCUUAGCCUACUAACGAGACUUUUGGCCAUUUGUAGUUCAGUGUUUGAGUGAUGCUGAGAGUUUUACUUGCUUACCUUUGAAGCUCACAGCACAGAACACUGAAAAUGGAAACAAUCCGUCAUCUCUGAUAAAGCUUAAACUCCUUUUGCUUCCAAACAAAAAUGAUACUGAGACAACACCUAUGAACUUUGACCUGUGAGGAGGAUGUUACCACUCCUGGUCCAAUGUCCUGUCACAAAGACCAUGUCCAUUCAAUUGUUACAUCUUGUCACCAUGUUGCCGAACAUUAUUACAAUUUUUUUUAUGGAGUUAACUUAAGAAUGUAAGAAAUAGGACCAUUCAGCCUGCUGCACCAUUCAACACAAUUGUGGCUGAUCUUGGGCCUCAACUGUUCUUUCUUGCCCAUUCUUCACACCCUUCAGUUCCCCAGGACACCAAACAUCAGUCCAAGUCAGGACGAAAUCUUUUCAAUGAUGGAGCAUCCAUAACUCCAUGGGAAUCCCAAAACCCUGUGAGAGAAGAGAUUUAUCCUCACCUCAGUCUCAAAUAAUUCACAUUUUACCCUGAGACUAUGCCCUUGUGUUCUAGAUAUCUUGCCAAUGCGAAACAAUUCUCAAUGUCGACCCUGCCAAGGCCUGGAUAUUUCAGAAAAUCAUCUCACAUUCUUCUAAACUUCAGAGAGUAUGGACUUAAUUUACCCAGUUUUUAGGACAACCCUUUUAUUGUAGGGAACGCCUAGUGAAUCUUCAAUGUACACCUCCCCUAAGUAUACCCUUCUUUAAAGGCACACCAAAACUGUACACAAAAGCCCAGUAGAAUUGCAGCAUAACUGGACAUGUAUAUGGUCACAGAAAUUUGAGGGUGCAUACAUGAGGAUCAAUGGUCGGCACAACAUUGUGGGCUGAAGGGCCUGUUCUGUGCUGUACUGUUCUAUGUUCUAUGUUCUAUAACAUCUUCAUUCCUGUCCCACAAUGACCUUGGCCUACAUCCUAUUUGCUUUCCUGAUUGCCUGCUUAUUUGUGUUCCGUGUAAGAGUACAUCUAAAUCUCUAAACACCAACAUUUAUAAGUUGCACACGUUUUUUAAAAAAAUGCUGCUUUUCUUGCCUUACGAUCAAAGUGAAUCAUCUCUCACUCGCUCACAUUGUACUCCAUCUGCUGCCUUGUUGCCAACUCUCAUCUCUAUCUCUUGUCUGUCCUCACAAGUUGCAUUUCCACCUGAUUAUGUAUCACCAACAAACUUAGUUUCAUUGCUCCCUCUCUUUAGUUACAGUACCCCUCUUUUCAUCUACGUCAUUAAUAUAGACUGUAACUAGCUAACAGCUCAGCACUGAUUCUUUUGGACCCCAUGAUGUCCAGUUUGAAAAUGCUCCCUUUAUCUAAACUGUCCAUUUCCUGUCCAUUAACCAAUCUUGUAUUUAUGUUAAGACAUUUCCCUCUAAUUCCAUGACCUCCAUCUUGUGUUUAAACUUUCAUGUGGCAGUUUAUCAAGCACCUUUUAGAAAUCCAGGUAGACCACAGCUACUGGGUCCGCCUUUAAUGACCAGUCUAGUUACAUCCUUGAAAAAAAACUACUGUAAGUUAUCAAGCAUGAUUUCGCUUUAAUAAAGCCAUGUUCAGAUUGGCUGAUCAAAUUAUGUACGUGCAUCAUUAAGGCUUCCUUAACAAUAGAUUCAGCACUUCCUGAUGACUGGCCUUAAAUCCCCUAUUUUCUCUCUCCUUGUAAAAGUGCUGUUACAUUUGCUAAUUUUGAAUCUGCAUUGGAAUAUUUUAGAAUCAGUGAAUCUUUGGGAAAUCACACACUCUGUCCAGCUGCCUCUUUGGGAAAUCUAGGAUAUGAACCGAGUGCUGGGGUUUUAUCCUAAUCACAUUCUUUUCUGCUGAUACUAAUGUCCUGCAGUUCCACCGUCUUAUUAACCUUGAGGUUACCCUUUAUCCCUUGUAUCUUUAACUGCGAAUAUAGUUACUGAGAAGCUGAAU